AUGCGACCUCUGGGAGAUUCAUUGGAAAAAACUGUUGAAACCACUCCUGCGCAAGAACCCAUUUUAUCAAGAUCACCAGUUUCAUCUACAGCGACAAGGGUACCAGCCAGCGGGAAACUGGCGGCGAAGCGCGAGGAAGGGCCGCGCGACGACACCAAGUGGCCCUUCUCAGCAUCCCAGCCUCCCGACCAUCAGGGAGGACGAGUGGCCGCGCGGCCAAGUCCAGCAGUUCAGCGCAGCCACGAGGACGGACUCCGCCUCUUCCGCCGGACAGGUACCCUAAAUCAGGGCAAUCAUCAGGUCCUCCGCAGCAGCGUCACCAUCUCUCUCCAGGAUGAGGACCUGACGAGAAUUCCUGCUGGGUUCCUGGGCCCCCUCCACGACUGUCGGGACACCACCGUGCUCAUCUUAGAAGACUCCUUCAACACGCCAAAUGAAAUCACCAUCUUACCUGAGGUAGUGUGUUUUCCACCAGGAGAGGAGAUCACCGUCUCCGUCAUUUGUAACCACCCACCAUUUACUUUAAGGAAAGGCGAUCCUUUUGCUUUGCUUUACGUACUGGACACCCACGAUGACCCGGACACAGAGAGACAUGUUUUCUUCACCCAAAAUGUAUGUAAAGAAAGACCAUUAAUUGAUGCCAAACUUUCUUUCCAGGGAAAGUCGGUGCAGAUGCGGCUCAUGGCAGACACAGGAGCUGACGUGACCAUCAUCCCCCAGACUUUUGUAGCGCAGAUUUUAUCACCUGUGCGUCGGCUUUUCCCUGAGGCCAUCAUCCUGCAUGACAUGGAUGAUGUGCUAGUUUGUGCUUCCGACUCGACAUACCUAAAGGCAACACUGGACAAGACUAUUAAGGCUAUCAAAGCUGCAGGGCUCCAGAUAGCAGAAGAGAAGAUCCAAUUCUCAGCACCAUGGAGGUACCUCGGAUUCCUCAUCACGGGAAGGACAGUGACGCCACAGACACUGACCAUCAACAAGGAUCCGAAGACUCUGCGAGACCUUCAGCAGCUGUGCGGAACGAUCACCUGGAUCCGCCCCCUCCUGGGACUGACGACUGAGGAGCUGUCACCUCUCUUCUGUCUGCUUCGAGGCGACGGAGACCUCGCCUCACCACGCGAGCUGACACCUGCCGCGCGGGAAGCCCUGCAACGGGUUGCUGUUGCUCUGAAGUCUCGCCAGGCACACCGCGUGGUCCGGACCCUUCCCGUGAACUUCGCGGUGUUGGGUAAGUGCCCCCACCUCCAUGGACUUCUCUUCCAGUGGGAUAACAGAGCAUCUGAUCCCCUGGUCAUCUUAGAGUGGCUCUUCCUACCACACCAGCCCUCUAGGACGAUCACGACCCCUGCAGAAUUGCUAGCCACUUUAAUAAUGAAGGCACGACACCGCCUCUGAACCCUCGCAGGGUGUGACCCUGAGUGCAUUUACUUACCUGUUAGAUUAGAUCAAUUGGACUCGUUGUUGCAAACUAAUGAAAAUUUGCUCAUUGCUCUGGACAGCUUCCCCGGACAAAUUUCGGUUCACUAUCCUAAGCAUAAAUUGUUUAAGGAUACAUUGCAUUUGGCCCCGAGAAUGUUUAAAAGCAAAACACCAAUUCCAGGUGCUCUCACGGUGUUCACCGAUGGGUCGGGCAGAUCCCACAAAUCGGUGAUCACUUGGAAGGACCCGGACAGUCAGAAGUGGGAGUCUGACGUCCAAGUGGUUGAGGGUUCCCCCCAGAUGGCGGAACUUGCCGCAGUCGUGAGAGCAUUCAAAAAAUUUCAACAGCCUCUGAAUGUGGUCACUGAUUCGGCCUAUGUCGCUGGGCUAGCAGAAAGGGCCGAAGGUGCCCUCCUCAAAGAAGUUUCAAACACAAAUUUAUACCGUUUACUCUCUGAUCUCAUUUGGCUACUUUCCCAUAGAGAGCAACCUUAUCAUAUCAUGCACGUAAGGGCACACACCGAUUUACCCGGAGAGAUCACUGAGGGUAAUCGGAAAGCGGACCUCCUAGCCAUGUCAACACAAAUAUCUGCAACCGCUUCAACCACCUUACCAGACAUACUCCGGCAAGCGCGGCUCAGCCGUGCAUUUUACCACCAGAAUGCCCCGGCUCUAGUGCGACAGUUUAAGAUCUCGAUAGCACAGGCAAGAACCAUUGUUUCUACCUGCCCGAGCUGCCAGUCUUUCGCUCUUCCUUCCCUCAUUUCGGGGACAAAUCCCCGAGGGUUGGGAGCGCUAGAGAUAUGGCAGACAGAUGUAACACACUUCGAGCCGUUUGGUCGGAUGAAAUACAUACAUGUCUCUAUUGACACGUUUUCCGGCGCAGUGUUUGCCUCCGUCCAUGCAGGCGAAAAAACCAGGGAUGCCAUGAAACAUCUUUUCAUGGCAUUCUCUACGUUGGGAGUCCCAUCUCACAUAAAAACUGAUAAUGGCCCAUGCUAUGCGUCAAAGCGCUUCGGUGAGUUUGCGCAACAGUGGGGAAUUUCCCAUACCACCGGAAUUCCCCACAAUCCUACAGGACAGGCGAUAAUAGAGAGGGCCCACAGAAAUCUAAAAAGGCUCCUUGAACAACAACAUAACCCGGACAUUACAGUGAGCCCAGCCGAAAGGUUAUGUAAGGCCCUGUAUGUCCUGAAUUUUUUAAACUGCUCAGAAAGGGAGCCUGACCCUCCUAUUAUCCGCCAUUUUCACAAUAACACCAGAGCGCAACUCGCCGAGAGGCCACCAGUCUUGAUAAAGGACCCAGAAUCCAAAGCUAUCCAGGGCCCUUUCCCUCUAAUAACCUGGGGGAGAGGGUAUGCCUGUGUUUCUACAGAUAAAGGACCAAGAUGGAUUCCGGGGAAAUAUGUCAAGCCCUUCGUAGAGGUGCCAGCUCAGCAAGACAACGUGUCCUUGGUGCAAAGCACCGAGAACACCUCAUCGCUGGACGGAGUUUCCACUGCCUGGAAGAGGAGGAGAAGAAAGACCGUUCCUCCCAAUAUCGUCACACGUGUCAUGAUUACCCGAAGAUAUUUUCCCCCGCUGAACUCUACGUACCCAAUUACCCCAUCGCCCCCUGUACCCUUUCCUUUCCCCUAACCUCCCCUUUCCCUCAAUCCUUACCCCUUUUCUCUAAUUUUAUUUAGUGCUUAUUUAGUAAAUAAAAACGGGGGAGGUUGGGGAGGGACCACUGAGGAAAAUUUAUCAUUCAAGUUAUGCUUUCUUUUAUCACAAGACGCUGAGGAUGACUACCGCCUUGAGGACACCUCUGAAACAUCUGAUGCUCCUGAUCGUCAUCAUCUGGCUGUCACCGGUCAGGAGCUGGAUAGUCCCACAGCUGAGAGAAAACAUAUGGCGAAGUCCUUGAAGCAGGACAACUUCUGUAUGGCCAUGGGAAGUGUGGACAAUCCGUUAUCCACGUGCCUGGUAGGAGUCCCCCUGUCGCCAAACGACUAUCCAUAUGCAGGAAAAAAAACCUAAUCCUGUGGACACCUGGGAUGAGUGGACGAGGAUUCUGCCAUAUGCACCACAGGAGCCCCAAGAAUUGGACCUAUUGGGCUCCUCUCAGGCAACAUAUUGUGUCAGGUUUAGGUACCAGCCCUCCCAGAAAGACUGGGAUCAAAUGGCUAAACUCCACCCCGCUGGUACCCAAGAAGUAAAAAGACACGAUGUAUCUCCCCCCGAUGGGAGAUACCAUGCAGCAAAUUGGUGCAAUUACACCUCGACCAUGGUAUCUAGGUCCUCCUCAGUUCCCAGGGUGCUCCCCAGGGGGUUUUUUCUCAUCUGCGGUGACAGGGUGUGGGCAGGGAUUCCCUCCCAAAUCCAGGGAGGCCCCUGCAGCCUUGGGCAGCUUACCACACUGACACCGAACAAAACCCAAAUUUUAAAUUGGAAAAACGAAAAUAAAUUGGCUCGCAAAAAGAGAUCCUAUAACCAAUUCGACGAAAAUUGUGAUUCAAAAAUUUACAAUUGGGGAAAGACGAAGAGAGUCACGGUAUCCAUAUUUUUACCAUGGUAUGCCACAGCAAAGGCCCUCGGUGAGCUUUCUCACCUCGAGUGUUGGCUCAGUAAGCAGGCCAACGCCACGUCCGCUGCCCUUUCCGACUUGCUAGCGGACGAAGAAGUCACCCGGCACGCCACACUGCAAAAUAGGGCUGCUAUUGACUUCUUACUGCUCGCCCAUGGCCACGGCUAUGAGGACUUGGAAGGAAUGUGCUGCUUCAAUCUGGCAUCAAAGAGCACAUCCAUCCAAGCUAAUAUCCAGCGGAUCCGAGAGCAAGUUGACGACCUCAAGACUGAGACCUCGACUGUAGAUCCUGUGAAUAAACUGCUGUCUCAA